AUGAGCAAAAGAGCACAAACAUCCGCUUCCGCGCGGCUCCGGCGCCUUUCUCAGCUUGCUCGCACUUACUUUCGCCCUACGUGUGUUCAAAUGGCACGCCAUAUAAUUCCUUUUUCAGAUCUUGACAUGUUUUAUGUUGCACUAUUUUUCAACUUGUUCCUAUUAAUAUCUGCUGAACUGGAUAGAGGUUAUGGUUACCAGACAGGCCAUAUUUCCAUGAAUGAUUCUGAAAUUACCAUUUUGAUCAACUCAACUUUUGAAAUUAUUGAAGACUUUGAUAAUGAAACCGAGGUGUCCACAGUUCAACCUAUUCCAGAGACAACAGUAAAGGUAGAAAAAGAAUCUGUGAAACUUCCAAUUCGGAUGAAAAAACUUCGUCCUGUCACCAACGUUCAGUGUCAAAAAUAUUCAGAAGCGGAAAAAUAUCAGCUGCUAGAAUCGGCUGGCGGAAGAAACCAGAUGUUUAUGGCUGAUUCUGUGGAAGAGGCUUCUCAGAACUUUGCUGAUUCAUUCACCUCGAAUCCAUUGAGUAGUACGAUGGAUGAUGCUAUUUUGAUUGCUUCGCCAUCAUCCCCAAAUUGUGAUCCGAGAUGUCAGAUGAUAAAAUCGGCGUUAAACGAUGAAAUAGCUCAUCGAUCGCAAUCCAACUCGACUUAUUCUCCAAUGCGACAUAUUUUCGGUCGUCUUCGUGCGUCGGUAUUCAGUGAUGCCCCGCCCACUGGAUCUUCAUGCUCUCUUGGAAACUUCAUUCCCGUCGGAACGUGUAGUGAUUUGGGAGAGAGUAUAGAUGGAGGUACUCAUGAAUCUUUGUGUUCGGCAUGUCGUGGACUUUAUAUGUUGAAUGGAAACUGUUUUCCAAAGAUUUUCAAUACGGUUCAAUGUAAUUCACAAGAGAUGGGAUGUAUUUUUGACACAUUUACCGACAAGGUGAAAACAGAAGUAGCUUCACAUGGCCAAUGCGGUGUCCAAACUCUUUCAUUCAAAGUACUCCGUAAUACUGGAGAUGAGAACUGCGAGGAUUGGAUUGUGGAGCAAAUUCAGCUUCCUGUCGCUUGUCAAUGUUCGCUAAGCAAGAGCUCUUUUCUACGAGCAAAACCAAACAGAGAACUUUAG